GCCGUGACUGGCGGGUGGCCAGCUAUGAGACACUCUGGGGUGUUCUACACAAUAUAACUUCAACUCAGGGCCUGAACUUGGAGAACUGAACUUUCUCGUGUUUUCCCUUCCUCCAGAGCGAGCUGAGAUCGGCACGUAUAGCGAGGGAUUGGGCCCGGCCAACCUGCGCUGGGGUUAAAGACGGACAGAGAUACGUCCUACGCCCGGGGUCUGGUGAGAGCGUGCGGCGUGAGUCUUCAAACUGGCGUGGGCAUCAAGCAAUGCCCCUGGCCUUGAAUGGAGGCUGCCCUCUGACCUUUGACCGGCCGGCCGCUGCCAAGGUAACGCAGGAGCCAUGACCUCCACACUUCAAGCCUUGCACUUUAAACUCUUGACCCAGGCCACGGGUCAGAGCACCAUCCGUGCGUGCGAUCGGGAGAUCGACCGCCAGUAUGACAUCGUGCCCUCCGUGGUCUGCUCCAUGUGCUGCCUGUUUGGCCUCAUCUACUGCUUCUUUGGCUACCGCUGCUUCAAGGCCAUCAUGUUCCUCACGGGCCUGAUGUUUGGCUCCAUUGUCAUCUUUAUGCUGUGCUACAAGGAGAGGGUGCUGGACACUCAGCUGAGCAUGGAGGCCAGCGUUGGAAUCGGACUGGGCAUCGGCAUCCUCUGCGGCCUGGUCACCAUGCUGGUGCGGAGCGUGGGCCUGUUCAUGGUGGGCCUGCUGCUGGGCCUGCUGGUGGCCGUGUCCACCCUGCUGGUCCUGGAGCAGUUCUACCACCCCCGCACCAUGUGGGUGCCCAUCGGGCUGCUGCUGGGCGCCGGAAUGUUCUUCGCCGUGCUCACCCUGCAGUGGCAGCGCUUCUUCACCGUCCUCUCCACCGCCGUCUUCGGCGCGGCCGUCAUCACCGUCACCGUGGACUACUUCGUCGAGAUCUUCCUGCUGGUGCAGUACGUCUACGAGCGGAUCAAGGUGUCUCCCGUGCAACCCAUGUGCUGGUACAGCUGGGUCAUCCUGGGCAUCUGGCCUGUGCUCACCGCCCUCGGAGUGCUGGUGCAGUUCAAGAUCACGGCCGAAGGCUACUCGCACACAGAAGUGAUCAUCAGCAGGAGGCGACGGCGAGUGCAGCUGAUGCGCAUUCGGCAACGGGAGGCGAAGAGGAAACAACGGAGGCAGCGGCGUUCCUACCAGGAGCAGGCCUACAGGAGGAAGCCCAACCCUGUGAGACGCUACGAUGGAGAUGUCCUCUCUCCGAGCUACAUCCAGAGUUUCCGAGACCGCCAGGCCGGCUGCUCCCCCAGCGGUGCCCAGACCAUGGUGGACGUCGACUACGAUUGUGGCUCCACCGUGCCCCUCACCUCCUCCGCUCCGGCGGUCCGCGUGUGAGGCCGCGGGCAGAGGCGGCUGGAGUUGACCAGCGGGCGCGGCCCCCCGGGGAAGAGGGCGGAGGAAACCCAGCGACUGUCUCGAGGACCUUCCCCCCCCCCUCCCCGCGGACUGAUAUUCGCCUGAACUGAAUAUUCGCCUCGCCCCUUGUCCCGUCCCAACCCCCAACCCAAGGGUCAACGGGAUCUGGGAUGGUCCAUCCCUCUGCUCUCUGUCCUCCCGUUCCCCUCAACCUGCACCUGAUGCAGGAGACUUUGGCCGGCAUGACCUGCUCGCUGCCACACAAGGGGCAGGUUAAACCCCUGAAGGACGAGCGACGAGGGCCGAACUCCCACCGAGGGAGUCGGGGAGAGAGUUGGCGAGGGACAGGGAGAGAGAGGUGCCACGGACAUUCAUUCUCGCACCUUCUCGACCUCAACCCGCCAUCUCCUCAAACGACCCACCCAAACAGCUUCCAUCGCGGAAGAUGUUACGACCGCCGUCAAGGCUGCGUUGGGACGACGGAGUUCCGCGCCUUCGGUCAUCUUCUUUGCGUUGGCUGAAGGAUGCUUCGCCCAGCCGGUGAACCCAUCUCCAAUGCCCCAUGGAGGGGACAUCUUGAAGAGACUGCAUUGCUGGGACCAAUAUUUCCGGGACCAAUAUUCUGCAUGUUACUGGGCUGUGCGCGUGUGUGUGCGCGUGUGUGCGUGCGGGUGCACCUGCACGCCGGUGGGUGCGUCUUGUCACAUAGAAACUGCUGAAUGUAUCUGCGUUUUAGUGCCGGCACUGGUCUUGUACAGGGCCCUCCCCGGGGGGGACCCAACCCGACCCCAAACCCAAAACCCUGACCCUUAACGGAAACCCCAGUCCAACCCCAGGAACAAUCGUCACCACUCUAGGGCCGCCCGAAACCCAAACUAGGAACCAAUUCGUGCGAGGACAAGUGUGAAGUGUACGGAGAUCGCUGGUCGGCACAGCCUCUGGUUGGGCCAAAGGGCCUGGUUCCGCGCUGUGCCUCGAAACUAAACUCUGAAACUCCUAACCCAAAUCCGACCUUCAACCAGAACCCUAACGAGAAUCUGAGAACCCGAACACAAACCAAAUGAAACUCAAUCCAUCAUCCCCUCUCUAGAACCCUCCAGUACCCGAUCUUAGACAAUAGGUGCAGGAGUAGGCCAUUCGGCCCUUCGAGCCAGCACUGCCAUUCAAUGUGAUCACGGCUGAUCAUCCCCAAUCAGUACCCCGUUCCUGCCUUCUCCCCAUAUCCCCUGACUCCACUAUUUUUAAGAGCCCUAUCUAGCUCUCUCUUGAAAGCAUCCAGGGAACCCACCUCCACCGCCCUCUGAGGCAGAGAAUUCCACAGACUCACCACUCUCUGUGAGAAAAAGUGUUUCCUCGUCUCCGUUCUGAAUGGCUUACUCCUUAUUCUUAAACUGUGUGGCCCCUGGUUCUGGACUUCCCCCCAACAUCGGGAACAUGUUUCCUGCCUCUAGCGUGUCCAAGCCCUUAACAACCUUAGGAACCCAAUGUAUACAUUAGUAGCUGAAUCAGAAACAUAGACCUCCCAGCCAGAAACACAGACCUCCCAACCAGAAACACAGACCUCCCAACCAGAAACAUAGACCUCCCAACCAGAAACACAGACCUCCCAACCAGAAACACAGACCUCCCAGCCAGAAACACAGACCUCCCAACCAGAAACACAGACCUCCCAACCAGAAACAGACCUCCCAACCAGAAACACAGACCUCCCAACCAGAAACACAGACCUCCCAACCAGAAACAUAGACCUCCCAACCAGAAACACAGACCUCCCAACCAGAAACAUAGACCUCCCAACCAGAAACACAGACCUCCCAACCAGAAACACAGACCUCCCAACCAGAAACAUAGACCUCCCAACCAGAAACAUAGACCUCCCAGCCAGAAACAUAGACCUCCCAGCCAGAAACACAGACCUCCCAGCCAGAAACACAGACCUCCCAACCAGAAACACAGACCUCCCAACCAGAAACACAGACCUCCCAACCAGAAACAUAGACCUCCCAACCAGAAACACAGACCUCCCAACCAGAAACACAGACCUCCCAACCAGAAACAAACCUCCCAACCAGAAACA